AACCCAAUGAAGCGGUCCGUUUCCUCCUUGUGAAUACCCAGGAAAAAGUCUCUAUAUAAACCAAAACUAACCAUAUUUAGGAUAGUACAAUUUGCACUUAAAUCUCUUUAGAAUCAUUCUUACUUAUCAGCAAAAAAAUCCAAAGUAGACCCGGUUUGUUUGAUCUAAAUAACCCUUUUAUCUCCUUUACUGAAGAUUUCUCAAGGAUCAAGCUAUUUUCCCUUUACAAUGGACUCUAAUCUUGUGAUCAAGGUUAAGUAUGGAGAUAUGCUUAGACGCUUUACUGUGACUGUGAACGCAAAUGGCAUCCUGGAUAUGGGUAUGGCUGGCCUGACUGCAAAGAUUUGUUCUCUUUUCAAGUUCAACUUCGUUGAUGAUAUCACCCUUACAUAUACUGAUGAAGACAAAGAUGUAAUAACACUUGUUGAUGAUGAGGAUCUGCAUGAUGUCAUUGGGCAGCGCCUAAACCCCCUGAGGAUAAAUGUGCUCUUGAAAACCAGUAGUGGCGAAAUGUUUGAUGCAACAUCAAGUGGAUGGUCUAAUCCCUCUUCGCAGCAGCAGGGUAAUCAAUUGAACCGCAUCAAUUCUGGCCUUAACGAGGCUUUGAAAUCUCUUCCCGACCCACUGGGGGAUGUGCUGUCCAAGCUUUCUUCUGACUUGGCAUCAAAGGCUGUUUCCUCUGCUCCAGUAUUAUCUGAACUUGUAGAGCGUUUUGCGAAGUUGGGUAUGACAACUUCCCAGUCACAGGGUAAUGGAACUGAUCUCUCUGCAGAUAAUAAACUAAAUGAAAAUGCCAAGAAAUCAUCCUCUGCUUCUGAAGCACCCUUGGACCCAACCAAAACAACCAAGGCUAAGGGUAUCAGUUCCUCUACUUCCCCUACUUCUGAUUUGUCAUUUGAUUAUCUUUCCGAACCUCAAAAUGCGCCGAGUGGAAAAUCAUUUGCUGCUGGAAGCUCUGGUUCUUCCACACCUAUGAUGAUACCAGCGCCAAAUCCAAUUCCUCAGGCUCCAUCCGCUCCUGCUAACCCAAACCUCAAGCGUGUUUCCUCAUGUGGUGAGAAAAGGGAAAAGCGUGGAAGUGGUAGCGGUCAGCCUUCUGCACCCAAUCAUGGCUCCCCAGUUAGCGGGAUGAUUGGAGGAAAUUCAUCUGAAGCUGCGCCUGUUGCUGGAUACUGGGGGGUUCCUCCAUUUAGAAGGAGCUAUAGCCACUUUGACAGCACCGGUCGUGUGUUCCACAAGGGUGUGCAGUGCGAUGGUUGCGGGGUACAUCCUAUUACUGGACCUCGGUUUAAGUCCAAAGUGAGAGAUAAUUAUGAUCUCUGCAGUAUUUGCGUCUCGGAAUUAGGGAGUGAUGCUGAAUACACCAGAAUAGACAAACCCAUCUUUUACCGAUGUCCUCGCCCGCGUCCUUUUGCUCACGGUCCAGCGCCACCCAGCCCGUAUCUACCGCAUAUCUUGCAAGGCCGCGGGAAGAAGCAACAGCUCCCAUAUCUCCAGAGCCAUUUCAUUCAAGAUGUGAACAUCCCAGAUGGGACCCUGGUUGCCCCAUUAACCCCAUUCACUAAAAUAUGGCGUUUAGUCAAUAAUGGCACGAUUCCAUGGCCCUGUGGAUCACAACUGGUAUGGAACGACGGAUACCAGUUCACUACUACCGGUUUAGUUUCUGCGCAGAUUCCUGGUGAUGGAUGCCCUGUCGGAACAGAGCUAGACAUUGCAGUUGAUUUUACAGCACCAGCUGCCCCUGGACGGUAUAUUUCUUACUGGAGGAUGAUGUCACCUUCUGGUGAAAUGUUUGGGGAGCGGAUUUGGGUACUAAUCGAGGUUGAUACUUCAUUACUCGACUCUUUGCCUGACUUGAAUGCUCCACCAUUCAGUAAUGCUAAGCCAAAAACUCAGGUUAUAGACAUGAACACUGUGCCUGUGGAUGUCGAAGAACCUCAGAAUGUGAAUUCUGAUAAAAAUGCUGAAUCAGUGAAGCCAAUGGUUGAUGAAGUUAUGAGUGAGAAAGAGCUUGAUGUUGAUAGACCUGUUGAUGUUGAUGGUUCGGGUUCUAGCAAUUCAGUUGUUGUUUCUCCAGAAGUAGCUCCUGCAUUGCCAUCUUACCCGGUCAUUGAUUCCUCGGUCGUUCCACCUCCUCUACCUCCUGCAGGUACUGUAGAAGGCAAUGAUAUCAAUAACAAUGUAGAGGAGUCACUUCUGAAGGAGCUGGCAGAUAUGGGUUUUAAGGAGAUCGACUUGAACAAAGAGAUCCUACGUCUGAACGAGUACAACCUAGAGCAGUCGUUGGAUGAUCUCUGUGGUGUUUCUGAGUGGGAUCCAAUCCUUGAGGAGCUCCAAGAGAUGGGAUUUCCUGACAGAGAAACAAACAAAAUGUUGCUGAUCAAGAAUGGAGGAAGUAUUAAGCGCGUCGUGAUGGAUCUCGUUGCUGGGGAGAAAACCGUGUAGAAAUCUGUCUUUUAACACUUCCUUUAAUAUGUCUGUAGAUAUUUAUGUUUUUGUUGAGAACUAAAACUAUAUCUCCUAGUAGUAAGUGUAGCUGACAUUAUCACUUGCAAGUGAUAUGCCUUGGUUUUCUAUUUUAUGUUAUAUUGUCUUUUGGAUUUGACCCAGGAAUAUUAUAAUCUGGUACUCUUACUUUCUUGAGUAAAUAUAAGUUGGGAGCAGUUUAUAUUUUCUUUA